GUAUUUUAGUAUUUUAGUAAUGUAUCUUAUUUAUCCCUUUUCCUUGCUGAUUUUUGUGCAACCCCUGUUAGCGGUUAUUCCUCAUGGAGUCACAAUUAAGGAACCAAAAUGCUGGUAUGUCGCGAAUCCUGGACCCUGUGAUGACUGGAUCAAAGUCUGGGGCUACGAUUACCUAACCAAUCGCUGUAUUUUCUUCUAUUAUGGGGGCUGUGGUGGUAAUCCGAAUCGGUUCUAUACAAAAGAAGAGUGUCUGAGCACUUGUCGGGUACACAGACCCCCAAAUCGGAAGAAAAGGGAGUAUGGUGUCGACGAAGAGGAUGAAGAGGAAGAAGAGGAAUUUGAGGAGGAUAUUGACAAUUGGGACAAAUGGGACGAUUCCCAUUCGGAGUUUUAAACUAGCCCGUAGAAAGGGUGUUCAAAAGUCGGCCUUCUCCAUAACCAAUUGCCGGCUGACGUUAACUUUUGAUUCGUUGU